AUGGAUUCAAAUAGAUACUUCAAUUUACCAGAGCCUCAUACUCAAGAAUUUAUUAAUCAAGUAUACAACAUUUAUGAAUUUCAAAAAAAAAUAUUAGAAAGUCUUGAUUCUAAAAAUCAUAAUAACUAUACAAGAGUAGAGAAUUCUCCUAUUAUGUCAGAUAAAGACAAUGAAAUGACCCCUUAUAUUUGUUCAACUAAAACAGAAAUUAAACCACAAAAAACAAAACGUUAUUGGACUAAAGAAGAAUGUUUAUCUUUUGAAAAAAUAAUUAAAUUUUUAAAUAUAAACUGUGGACAAGCACUUGAUUUUCGUUUGAUCUCUAUGUACGUUAAGACAAGAACACCUACUCAAGUUAGAAGUCAUGCACAAAAGUAUUUUUUAAAAGAAAGAGAAAAUAAUUCUGUUUUAACAUCAAAUGAUCUUAUAGAACUUAAUACACUUGUUACAAAUUAUAAAAUAAUGAACAAACAUGGAAAUCAACAUCAUCUUCUUGUAAAAUAA